GUGCCCUUCUUUGAGAGAGAAAAGGAUGAGGUUUGGGAGUGGGAAACAGGGCCUCAGAUAAGGAUCAGAGUAGAUGCAAGCCUGUAUUCUUCAGGGCUCGCGUCAGACAGUCCAGGGACAGGUUCCAGCGGUCUUUCAAACUGAAGUCGUGGUGACUGGAUCGGGAGGACAAUUGGUCUUGAUGAGGACCCGUAGGGCUUCCACAGGCUUGGACUCUUAAGAUCCCAGCCCAGAGGCGGGGCGAGGUUGUGCGGGCGGAAGCCGACAGGGAGUCACGUGGACAGAGCAGCGGAAGUGACGCCUAGGAGCCCCCACAGGGCGGGGCGGGGCUGUUCCCCCUCCCGCCUGGGGAAGGGGCCAACGGUUUUCAGGAAGGGCGGGGGAGAGGAGGUGGUGAGGCCGCGCUUCGUGACCCUUGGCCCCCAGCGACCCCCGCCAAGAUGAUGGGCUGUAGGGAGUCAGAGCUGGAGUCGGUGGAAGGGGGAGAGGCCCUGGCGGCCCCAGGGCCACCUCCAACACCUCGCGCCCCGGAGCCCGGAGCCCCAGUGCCGGAGCCCGGCCUGGAUCUGAGCCUGAGCCUGAGCCUGAGCCCGCGGUCCGAGAGCCCUGGGCACCGGCGGCCCGACUGCAGCCCAGGACGGCGGAAGGGGCGGGCGGACCGACGGGGCGGGGCCCGCAAGGGGCGGCAGGUCCGCUUCCGCCUGGCGCCGCCCUCCCCGGUCAGGUCCGAGCCGCCGCCGGCCGCUGCCGCACCGAACGAGAAACCUGCGGCGUCGCAGGACCUGGGGGCGCCCGCGCAGCAGAGCAGCCUGGCCCUGAGCCUCGAGCUGCAGGCUGCACGGGCCGCAGCCAGGGGCCAGUUCGAUGCCGCGAAGGCCGUGGAGGAACAGCUGAGGAAGUCAUUCCAGACCCGCUGCGGCCUGGAGGAGAGCGUGGCGGAGGGGUUGAACGUGCCGCGCUCCAAGCGGCUCUUUCGGGACCUGGUGAGCCUGCAGGUGCCCGAGGAACAAGUUCUGAAGGCCGCGCUGCGGGAGAAACUGGCGCUCCUGCCGCCGCAGGCCCGAGCCCCGCCUCCAAAGGAGCCACCUGGGCCAGGGCCAGACAUGACCAUUUUGUGUGAUCCAGAAACACUAUUUUAUGAAUCUCCACACCUGACCCUGGAAGGCUUGCCCCCUCUCCGGCUUCAACUCCGGCCCCGCCCUUCAGAGGACACCUUCCUCAUGCAUCGGACACUGAGGCGCUGGGAAGCGUAGACCUGGAAGCUCCCUGGAUUGCUAGUGCACAUUUGUUAAAACGAUCAGAAUAAAGUGGUUUUGCUAACAAGA